AUGUUGCUUCAAAUUGCUGCAAGCUUCCUGGCUGUCGCCAGCGUCGUCUCUGCUACUCCCUGCAAGUCUCAAGACGGCUGGGAGACCAGGUAUACCGCUACUGGCACGGCCGAUGUUGCAAAGGCUGCUGCUACGGCAAAGACCAGCAGCCCUACAAGCCAUGUGAAGGGCAAGGCCUUUGACAGACUUGCCAUUAUUUACUUUGAGAACCAGAACUAUGACAAAUCCUUUGGUGACCCCAACUUUAACUGGUUCACCAAGAAGGGUAUUACUCUAUCCAACUACUUCGCCGUUACUCACCCUUCUGAGCCCAACUACAUGGCCUCCAUUGCCGGUGAUUACUUUGGUAUGGAGAACGACGCCUUCACCCGCUCGCCUCGCAAUAUCUCCACAGUGAUUGAUCUCCUCGACACCAAGGGCAUUUCGUGGGGUCACUAUCAGGAAGACAUGCCUUUCUCUGGCUUCGAGGGCAACGCCUACCGCAACCAGAAGAACGGCGCCAACGACUACGUCCGCAAGCACAACCCUGCUGUUCUACACGACAGCAUUACCCACUCUGAGCAAAAGUUGUCGCAAAUCAAGAACCUGUCUCUUAUUGAUACCUCGCGCUCCAUGUUUCACAAGGACCUCAAGGAUAACAAGCUCCCCCAGUGGAUGUUCAUCACACCCAACAUGACCUCCGAUGGUCACGACACCUCCGUCACCGUCGCUGGUGUCUGGUGCCGCAAGUUCCUUGAGCCCCUUCUCGAGGACAAGAACUUCAUGCAAAACACCCUUGUCCUGGUCACCUGGGACGAGAACGAGUCGUAUGCCGCCCGUAACAACAUUCUGGGUAUCCUUCUGGGUGACGCUGUUCCCAAGGAGCUCGUGGGCACUGAGGACAAGAACUUCUACAAUCAUUAUUCCGAGAUUGCCACUGUCUCUGCAAAUUGGGACCUUCCCACCCUUGGCCGAUGGGAUGUCGGUGCCAAUGUCUUCGAGAUGGUUGCGGAUAAGACUGGUGACAAGCUCCGCCAGUGGAGAUCACAGGAACAACUCCAGAGCAUGUACUGGAACUACUCGUAUGCUGGUCAGUAUAACGACCAGGGCGGAAACAAGAUCUUUCCUAAGCCCAACCUCGAUCUCGACAAGGCGUACAACGGCCGUCCUAUUCUCCAGUCUGUCAAGGACACCUGGAAGAAUAGCAAGGCUCCUACUUAUUACGAAGACACAAUUGAGACCCCUGAUGGUCUGCAUCCCCCUAAGGGGUAUGAGCCCGAGAGCGAAUAA